AUAAAUAAGAAAAAGAAUAAACAUAUGUUUAUUUAAUUUAGUAAGAUUUUUGUGAAUCUUAACGCGGUGUGCGUGUUACUCAUAUGCGAUACCUACCUACGCGUCCUAAGCUGUUUAAUACAUUUGUGAAAGAUUGUAAUCAAAAUACCAAUAAUAAGCAAUAAAGCCUAGUAUUAUGUCAUGAAGAUUAAAAAACGGAUCACUGAUGCGAUAAAAAAUUACAAGUGUGAUGUUCUGAGUGUCCGACCCCCACAUCAGCGGUCCGUGGACCACCCAGCUCGUAUAUUAUGUCUCAGUAGAGUCACAGAAUAAUAGUAGAGUAGGUUCAGAAAAAUUUAGAAAAAAUUUGGUUUGUCAGUUUUGUUACAGAAUAAACGGAAGUCAGAACGGAAUCAAUUUAUUCUGUGGUUUUGUAUUUACUAUUUAGUUAAUAUGUAUUAUCAUCUGUGCUAACAUCAUCACACAAGACAAACAAUAUUAAUAAAAAUGAAACCAGGCUUAUAUAAUGAACAAAAGUGUUCACAGCUAUUAAGCAAGGAUGAAAAUGAAUCUGUUUUACAACUUCUGGGACCAAAAUGUCAAAGCUUAGCUAUGGCUGUGGUUCAGUUUUUUAGCACUGAUGGCCCUGAAGGUACUGAAUGGAGGCAAAAAAAUUUUGGAAUUCUUUGCUUUGUUAGAGACCCAAAUAGAAAAUCAUAUUAUUUUCGAUUGUAUUGCCCAAUAAGACACCAGUUAUUAUGGGAACAUGAAAUGUAUCAUGGAUUGCAGUACCAAAGUCCUGCCAAAUUUUUUCAUUGUUUUGAAGCCGAGGAAUGUAUAGUUGGAUUCAAUUUUGCAAGUGAGGAUGAAGCUGCAGUGUUUGAAGAGACAGUAAUUAAUUUACAAAGAAGAAAACGGGAAAAACGUUUGGAACAAAGGUCUAAGUCACACAAUAAUCAAAAUAAUGUUUUGCAACCAGUAUGUAAUUCUAAUAAUGCUUAUGGACCACCAGUUCAAAUGAAUGGUAAAGGUCACAAAAAUAAGGGCAAAAAUUCAAAAAAUAAGAAAUACACUAAAGAUCAAAUUGGUUUACCCGAAAAUUUCAGACAUGUGCAACAUAUAGGUUGGGAUCCAGAUCGAGGAUUUGAUUUAGGGCAGAUUAAAGAUCCACAAUUAAAUACAUUCUUUGCCAAGGCUGGGGUUUCAGAAAGUCAAUUGCGUAAUCCUCAGACUCGAGAUUUUAUUUAUGAUUUUAUUGAUAAACAUGGUGGUAUGGAUGCUAUUAAGGAAGAUGUUCAAGAUUCACUUAUUCCACCUCCUUUGCCAACAAGAUUUCGUCAAGCUCCACCACCUCCGCCUAUUUCAAAUAAUACACCAAAUACAAGAAGCCCUGCACCACCACCUCCUCGGCCUAAUAAUAUGACUAUUCCAGUUAAAAAACAAGAAGAAUUCUUUAUUCCUCCGCCUCCACCAUUAAUGAAUGCAGCUCCACCACCACCACCACCACCACAAAUGGAAUCAAUUAAAAGUAAGCCCGUUGAAGCCGUACCAGACAAUAGAUCUGCACUUUUAGAAGCCAUCAGAUCUGGUAAAACACUUAAGCAUGUUGAUACAUCAAAUUCUGUAAAAACAUCUAACACUACAGAACCAAAUUCAAGAAAUGACUUACUUGAUCAAAUAAGACAAGGCGUAGAAUUGAAAUCGGUGCAACCGAUUGAUAAGAAAAAUGUAAACAAUAAUUUAGAAGCGGAUGGUUUAGCUGGGGCAUUAGCUAGAGCUUUAGCUGAACGAGCUAGAGUUAUUCACAGUGACAGUAGUACCAGUGAAUCCAGCGAAGGUGAAGAUGAUUGGGACGAUUGAGUUGUUAUUACUACAAUAAUGUAAUAACACAUUUUUUAUUUAUAUUAUUUAAUAUAUUUAUAUUUUUUGUUGAAAGUAGUUUUGAUUUAAACUUUUUUAUUUUUCUUGAUAAUUUGGAUUUAAAUUUUUUUUUCGUACU